AUGUCUGAUUGUCUGGAUGACUGAUGUCUGCAUCAUCAGCGGAUGCCUGUUUUCUCUGUUUUGUGUUGUGAAUUGUGUUUGUUUAAAUAGUUUGAUUACAAAAUCACCCAUUGCACGGAAAAAGUGAAGUUCAGAAGUUCGCAUUGACCUUCAUCUGAAAAAAUAGCGACAAAAUGAGGAAUUUGGAUUUUUCGACCUCUUGAAACUUCGAACGAGAUAUCAUUUUUUUAUCCAAUGGAGGCAUACGUGGAGGGAUCUGCUGUGGAAGAAGCCAGAAUGGAAGAAGCUGCAGUUGAAGAAUCUGCAGUUGUAGAACCUGCAGCUGAAGAAGCUUCAGUGGAUUUUCCAAUUUCUCUGGCAGACAUACCAACUCCACAAGAUCCGGAAGAUAGCAAAAGUCAAAUUGCAGACGAUGAUUCGAUCAAAACAGAAAGCCCCAAGCCCCUUAAACCUGUGCUUGGGAAACUGCAGGCUAAAAAACGGUUGAUGGCAUUUGCUAAAAUGUACAACGUUAUUCCUAGUUCAGCUCCUAAAGUUCCAAAGUUAAAAAAUAAAGCACAAAAUAAGAAGAAUUCAGAGGAAGGCAAACAUAAAAAGGAAGAAAAGAUAUUGGCCAUUGAAGAAAUUGUGAGGGAGGAGAGCAAACAUAAGUUGCUACUAGCCCAAACUUUAGCAGCGGAAGAACGGGGCAUUAGAAGCAGACGUGGACCGCUGGGCUACAGAAGAAAGUCAACCAGCAGAGAAAGGAAAAGCAGAAACGAUUAUCAUUCCAGAUCUUCAGAUAGAAAAUACAACAACAGGAAACGUCAUAGAAGCAGAGAAAGGAGGGACGAUCGUCCUACAAAGGACGAGAAGGACCGGAAAGAGAUUAAAGAACAUUCCAGUGAAAAGCUUCCUCCCGAUAAAGAAUCACGGAAAAAUGAGAAGAAGGAUGAAAAGGAAAAGCGAGACACCAGCGAAAAGUUGAAUGAUUUUCCGAAAGAGAAAUCGGAUAAUUCUAAAGUCAAGCGAGAUGAGAACAAGGAAAAAAUUGAAGAGGUAAAGGACAAAAGUGAAGGUAAAGAAAGCAGAGUGAAAGGAGGGAAAAAAGAAAAGAGGGAAGAGUCAAAAGUAAAACGAGACGAGUCUCGAGACAGACGAGAUAAUGAAAAAUCAAAAAAGGAUGAGAACAGGAGUAAACGGGAGGAUGAGAAGAGGGAGAAGAGGGACGAUUCGAGGAGUAAAGAUUCGAGAGAUAAAUCUUGUAAAGAAAGAGUCAAGGACAGAGAAAAGGAUUUAAGCAAAUGUAAUUCCUGGGCUGAUUUGAGAAAAGUCGGUUUGACCAUCGACGAAGUUACUCGUAUCAAGAAGGCGGAAUGUGCAGACAAACCGGAAAAAGCGAGAACUCCGCAGGAUUUUGCCGAUCUUUUCGGUCAAAUGUUGCUUCUUGGAGAUCAUCGAAAGCACCGAAGUUCGUAUAUCGCAGAGGGUCUCGAAGGUCCCAAGGAAUAUCCGCCGGAAACUGUCCGUGUGACAAAAACCCGACCAGCUAUUCUUUACUGUGAAAAUCCACAAUUUUCGCUUCUUCUCAAUCGCAGACAAGUUUUAAACGUUGUACCGCCUGAAAGACGAAAAAAGAUGGGUGAUAUUUGCGAAGCGACUCAAAUAAGAAUUGUGGAUACAUCAAGUAAAGAAGCAAAUAAAAAUCGAGCUUGGUAUCGGACAAUUGAUUCUGCAAACCCCGAUAAUCAAUCUCCAGUCAAUGUUCAAUUUCCUAAGUCUAAAUGGGAUAGUGAGGAAGAAGGUGAAAUUACGGAUGAGACGGAUUCGCAAGGAUAUUCUGCAGUUGUGGAGGAAAUGCCUGCUAAGGAUUCUCCCAAAGAUUCUCCUAAGAAUUCUCCCAAGAAUUCUCCCGAGGAUUUUCCCAAAAAUUCUCCCGAAGAUUCUCCCAUGCAAGUCGAAACUGAAUUAAGACGGAUAAGUGAGCCUUCAGAAGGUGUGAUACAAAAGAGGGAAGAAGUGAAAGAGCAGGUGGAAAAAGUGGAUGGAAAAGAUGAAGAUAAAGUUCCCGAUGAAAAAAUGGAGUUGGAUGAAGGUGAAAUUGUUGAGGAAGAUGAUGAUGAUGAUGAUGAUGAUGAUGAUGAUGAUGAUGAUGAAGAAGAAGAAGAGGUUGAAAAAGAUAACUCGGAAAGUGACCUUGACGAGGAAAAAGACGACAGGGCUAAGAGUUCACCCAGCGUGAAAGUUCUCGGCGACGAAAAAUUAGCAUCAGAAUACGAGCAGUUUAUGAAGAUGGUAGCCACUGACAGUCCCACAAAAUCCCCUUCAAGCAAACAUUCAUCGAAAGGCAAUUCCGGCGCCAAUUCUCCCUCAAACUAUGACGACUUCAGUCUUGAAAUUGACGCAACGAAAGCAAAAGACGAGCAAUCUGAGGAUCAACUUGCAGUAGUGAACUCGCCCAAUCCAAAAGUCAAGCUGGAAGCAAAUAGAAAGAAGGAAAUUCUCGAGAUAACGGUUGAAGCAGAAAGCAUUUCGCAAUCAGUCGGAACUUUGGACGAAGCUAGCAAGGGACCCGUCGAGAAAGAAACACUCGGCAAUGAAGACGAAGCUCCAGAAGAGAAACAGGAUGAUUCUGACUCUCGAUCGAUUCCCAGCGACUGGGAGAAUGUGACCAUCAAAGUUGAACAAGUCAGUGAUGAGAACGUGGAGUCGAAAAUCCUGAAGAAGAAAAAGAAGAAGAGGCCGCGAGCCUAUUCCACGAGCAGCGAAUCCAGUUCAUCGUCCAGCUCCUCCGAUUCGGACGUGAAGUCGAAGAAGCGCCGAAAGAAGAAAAAAGCCGUAAAAUCGAGCAGCGAUUCGGAAACGAGCGACUCGAGUUCGAGCGAUUCAUCGAGUUCGGACGAGGCGCGAAAGAAGAAGCGCAAGCGAAGUCGCAAGAAGAAGCGGGUGAAGAAGGCGUCGCGAAAGUCGAAGAAGAAACGUUCAAGAAAGCGCGCGGAUUCGAGCAGCAGUGACUCGGAGGACGCGAGAAAGAAGAAGAAGAAGCGUCUGAAGAGGAAGAAACUGAAGAAGAGGGUCGAGGAGAAGGAGGGCAUUCGAAAAAGGAAACGGAAAUCGUCGACUCGGUCGCUGAGUCGCGACAAGCGAGGCAAGCGCGUCAGUGAAAAAGUUGCCACCGAGGGCAAAAAGAAGCGGAAAAAACGUCUCGAGAAGUCGAAACGAGUGAAAUUGUCGAAUGAUCUGGAGAAGCAGAUUUUGGCGAAAGCCCUCUCGCCCGACAGUGUUCUGCUCAAGGAGUGUGAUAUGGGCAAGGGGCAAAAUCUGAUUCAGGAGCAGGCUCGUCGACAGCAGAAAAAGAGGAAGCGACACGAGAGUGAGGAUCGGCUUUCCGAGUGGGAGAAAGAGUCGAUUCUGAUGACUCGACAAAUCGAGGGUAUUCUCGAUCAAAGUAUGUCUCAAGAUUCCCUUCCCGAAAAGGAAGAUCCCCUCGUCGAGAAGUUGCCAGACAAAAAAGAGGAGGAUCCAGUUGUGGAAGAGGGUGAAAUUUUGGAUGAGGAGGAGGAAACUCUCGAAAAUGUUGGGAUUCCCUUGACAAUUGAGUUGAAAGGAAAAGAGGAGGAGAAGCAGGAGAAAAAGGAGAAGGAAAAGAGUGUGAGUGAGGAGUUUCUCGCCGAUUGGGAAAGGGAAAGUCAGCGUAUUGCGAAAGUUUUGAAGGAAGAAACGCCCGAUUUUGAUUUGCUGAAUGUGCCUUCGUUGACCCAGCUCGAGGAGGAAGUGAGAAAGAGGGAUAUUUUUGACGAGUGGGAGGUCGAUAGUCUCGACGCAAUUCGCGAAUCGACGAAAAAGAAAAGUUCCUCGAAAAAGAAGGAGAAGGUGAAGUAUGACGAGAAAACGGACACGUACAUCACUCUCCAGGAUGAUGAUGAUGAUUCAAAGGAUAGUAAGAAGAAGCCGCGAAUUUCGGCGCUGAGAAUUUGGGAGGAUGAGCAGGAGGAAGGUGAACGGGAGGAAAUGCUGCUGAUCAAACAGAAGAGUAAGCGGCGAAAAGAGGAUUGGGAUACGGAGGAAGAGUUUUCGAGAAUGAGGGCCGAACAACUUGAAAUUAAUACCGACGAUCUGCUUCAGACAAAUCUCGGUGAAGAAAUGAUCAAGAGCGAGAUGAACAAAAGCCCGGAAGUCAGUGAUGGGGGGAAGUUGUCACAGAAGAAGGAAGUUGUGGGCGAGAAGAGGAGGAAGAAGAGUCGAUGGGAUGUGGGAAAUCAGCCGGAAGAGGAGGAGGAAGAGGAGGAGGAGGAAGAUAUUCAGAUGACGCCUGUUAAUUGGGAGGAGGAGAGCACCGAUUGGCAGAAGACUUCCGGUACGGAAACUGCAUUGCUAAAGUUGGCGAAAAUCAAGGAACAGAUUUGCAGUAGUCCAAUUUUGGAAACACUUCCCGGGACAAUUAAAUUGGAGGGCUUCACUAUUCCCGAAGUCUCGUCCCUCGCUUCAAAUGAUGCGAAAUCGCCGGAUAUUUUUCAGAGGAAGUUGCAGAAAAUGGGACUCGAUGAAAAAGCCUGGCUGGCGGAAGAUGUUGAUUGUAAGUCGCGGAUUGUUUCCGGUGAGAAGGAAAUUUCAUCCGGCAGUGGUAAAAUUCCAUCGGGCAGUGGUAAAAUUCCAUCGGGCAGUGGUAAAAUUCUAUCGGACAGUGGUAAAAUUCUAUCGGACAGUGGUAAAAUUGAAGAGAGCAGUCUCAAGUUGAAGUGUAUUGUGGAACUGCAGGAACAGGAUUUGAAAAAUGUCGAUUUGUACAGUCCGAGUUCGCCUGCUCUGUCACAGAAAUCGGAGGUGUCGAGCGAGGGCAUCGAGAGCAAGGACUCGAAUCAGGCAAAACCGGUUAAACUCGACACGGAGAGUUCUGUCUGCAAUAUUCCAUUGCCAUCGGAAACCAUUAAAACUCACCCGUUUCCGAUUCCAGUUGCUGCUCCCGUGAAACAGGAAAAUUCUUAUAAAUUCAACGAUUUACUGCUGAACAGUGUUGCGAAUUUAAAAGAGAAACAGGAAAUUUCCACCAAGACUGAAUCCAUCCGAGUGGACGAGAAAGAGUCCUUGUAUCAUACCGACAGUUCUCUCUCUUCCGAGACAACAAAAGUGUUGGAAAGUCCCUCGAAAAUUGCCCUCAAACUAAUUCCAAAGCAACUUUUGAUUCGUCGAGCAAACGAGUCGGGAAAAAUCAAGGUACUCGUGCAAUCCAAUUUAAACAAUGUCUUUGAAAAUCCCUCGGAUUAUGAUGAGGAUGCGUGCUCGCGAGUCGAUUUAAAAUGUGAAUUUGACGAUCGUACUAUUGUCGGUAAAUUCGAGUCGUCCAAGCCUGAUAAAGUGGAAAUUGCGAAACGAGAAACGCCAGACAAAAGAGUGGAUUCACGUGAUGAUAGAUUGGUAAAUAAAAGAGGCAAAGAUUCGGACUCGAUACGUUCCAAGUCGCCAUUUCGUGAUACCAGGAGAAGGAGUCCGUCGCGAAAGGAGCGCGAGCGAGAUGGUGAUGAUCGUGGUAAAAGCAGAGGAAAUAGUUAUUACAAUGAGGGGCGGGGGGAGCGGGAGCGGGAGAAAGAGAAGGGCAGACCGGAGAAAGAGUUUCGGGGAUUGAAGUCGAUUUAUAAUGAUAGUAGACGACGUGCGAGUCCUAUUAUUAUUGGACGAGGCAAACCAAAAAGAGGCGCAAGUCCGUGGGAGGAUGAGAGAAGUCGAAGUAGGAGUAUUGAUAAUAGUAGGAGUCGUAGUUUUAGCAGAAGUCCGAGGAGAAGAGAUGGCAGUCGAGAGAGAAGUAAAAAGGAGGAGGAUAAUAAUAAAUUUUCGAGGAGUAAUAAAUUUGGUGAUGAUAGACGAGAUAGAGGUACUCGAAGUCCGGCAAAAGGAUACAAGGACAAUAGGAAACGACCGCUCAGAGAAUCGCCACUCAGGAGUGAUCGAAAUAGAGUUAAGAGAAGGUAUGGGAAUAGUGUGGAUCGUGAAAGGGAUAGAGAGGUGAAACACUACGAUCCAAUGGAAAUCCUGAGAGAAAAAAGCCUGGAUUCGGAAAGACUUCGAAAUAAUAGGUUUCGAAAGGACGACGAACCCCAGAAACCUUAUUGGAGAUUUGGAGAUGAUAGUAGUAGAAGAGACGGCGAGGAGUAUAUAGAUUCAUACAUUAAUAGCCAAAAUCCAGCAUUAGAUUACGAAGACAGAUCCUUUAUUAGAAAUCGCAGUUUAGACAGGGACGUUGAAGAUACACUUCGUUCAAGAACAAAAGCUAGAAAUACGAGCAGAAGCAGGACCAGAAGUAAUGAGAGGAGAGAUCGGGCAUGGGAGAAAAAUCGAUCAUCUCCAAUUCCGGAGAGAGGAGGAUCUGCUCAUCGAAGGGGAGAUAAGUUACUGCCAAGGAGACCAUCUCCACGACGAAGAUCUCCUCCUAGAUUGUCCAGGUUUGGAUCGAGGUCCAGAUCGCGUUCUUGGUCAAAAACUCGAUCCAGAACUAGAUCGAGGUCCAGAUCGAGAUCAAUAUCUAGGUCUAGAUCUAGAUCUAGAUCCAGAUCUCGAUCGAUAGAUCGAUUGAGAACAAGACUCAGGAGUCCGGAUCGAGUGCCGAGACCUCUCGAGAGAGUCAGAUCGUUGUCGAUUGAGAGAGGCAGAAACGUCCAUGUGGACAGGUUGAGGGAGGACGAGGAUAGGUCUAAGAAAUUGGAAUCAUCAAUUCCUUGUUCAGACAGAGUCAGACGCAUGGAUACGAUAAUUCAGUUGACAGGAGGUACAGAUUCAGCGACAGAUUCAGCUUCCAUGGGACCCGAGACGAUUGCCAAUGAAAGUGUCGACAAUCUAAACAGCUCUCACUUCCGGUAUGCGAGCGAAAUGGAGACCGGAAACGAGUACAGUUAUUAUCCCAGAAAUAAUUUGACUUAUCCGCCGCGAAUAGACGAAACGCCAACCUCGCCGAAGCGUCUCUCUCUUGACGAAAGACUCGAGCUUGAAUUGGGUAUCAAGAAACCAACGGAAUAUCAUGCCCCCAAUUUUAAUUCUCUUCCCGGUGUUUAUCCGCAUUCUCCGUCCAUUCAGCAACAGCAACAACAACAGCAGAGGGCGUUUCAUCAACCAUCUACAGUUUUGCAAGUCGGCAAUGUUUUGCAAGUAGUGCCAGGAGAUUACUCUGGUAUUCCUGUACCAGCAGUCGUUCGAAAUGAAGUGCCGCCAGCUCCUCCUCCAGUUGCAGCGAGUAAAGUCGUUCGAGUUGGAAAUGUUUUGCAAGUUGUGCCGACAACAUCGAUCGAUUGGAGUAGCAGUCAUCCUCCGCCUCCAAUCGAUCGAAAGACUGUAACAAGAUAUCCCGCUCCUCCUCCUCUUCCUCUUGCUCCUCCACCUCCUCCUCCUCCUCCUGCCAAAAUUCCUAUUCCAGUUCCUACUUCUGUUCCUCCUCCUCCUCCUGCUCCUGUUCCCGUCUCUGUCCCCAUGUCGGUUCCGCCAGUUCCUGUCCCACUUCCGGUCCCUGUUCCCGUUUCCGUUAAUCCUCCCGGUCUUGGGACCACGAUAACUCCCAUUCCGCUUCCAAUUCCACUUCCCAUUCCCAUGCCUCUUUCUAUACCACUGCCUGUCACUGCGGCACCGGUCGCGACACCUGUCAAGAAAAUACCAACCCCUCCAAAAGAAGCACCAACGAUGCCUGUCUACGAUUACGAAGCCAUUCUUGAGGUCCGUCGGCGGGAGAAAGAGGAGCGUAAGCGUGUCCGCGAUGAGCGUAAACGGGAGAAAGAGCGACGGAAGGUGGAAAGAGCGAAUCGACGAGCCGAGCGUAUUCAGGGAAGACGGCUUCUUAUACGUCGACCAGAUAUUGAUCAGAAGCAGCUCGAUCGUUUGAAAAAGAAGCACCUUGCCGAGGAUCGGGCCGAGUCGGAAGCUGCUGCUGCUGCUGCUGGAAAACAGAAGGCUGAAGAUGCCGAGGAAGUGAAGAGGGAAGCUGUGGCGAGCGGAAGUGGUACUAGCAGUAGUAGUAAAAGUAGUUCUGUGGCCGUCCGAGGAGAGAAAGUGGGCGAGGGUGAGGAAGAGGAGGAGGAAGAGGCCGUCGAGCCCGAGGCCGAAGCUGAGGCUGAGGACGACGAGGACGAGGAUGGCGACGAGGAGGAUGAGGAAGAGGAGGAGGAGGAUGAGAAAAAAUCUAGUCCAGCCGUCAUUCAGUUGAGUGAAAUUCCGACACCGGCGGAAGUUGCGCAGUCGAUUCAAAUUGAGGUUGAUCUUGACGUUGAAGUUAAAGAGUGGCCUUCUCUGCCUCCACCGCCCCUCAAAGGCAUUCUUGUCGCUCCAGGUUUUGGAGUAAUUUUAAAUGGAGACACGGAAGAUCUUUUUGGCGAUGAAGAUGGUGCUGCGGAGCGAGACGAACUUGAACAAAAUGACGAAGGAUCGAUGGUGGAUGCAACGGAAGUGAGUAGAGAUAAUGGAGAUGGGGAGAAGACGAAGUUGCAGACGAGAAAGAGACAGACAAGGGCGCAAAGAAUGAGGAGAGCGAAGAAAAAUGUCCAGUUUGCUGAUGGCAUUAGACCAGGGGAGGGUACUAGUCCAAGUGGUGGCGAGGGCGAUAUGCCGUCUCCUCCACCUCCGACGACGACGACGGCUGUUGCCAAAGAAAGUGUCCUUGAACUCAUCAGGAGAUCGCGGACCAGAAAAAGCAGGAGGAAGCAGAAACGAGCCAAAUCAUCGAAAACGAAGAAGAAGGUUAAGAUUUAA